GCUUCAGUUUCACGUUCAUGUUGCAUUAUUAUAUAUAACAUGUCCCUCUUACCACACAUUCUUGUGUUGUAACCUAUUAUUAUUGCCUUUCUAUACAUGUUCAUGCCUCCAAAUCACUUCUUCGUACCAACGCCAUUUCCAUUUCCAUACAUAAAAUUCUCAGAGCUAGAGAACCUUCCACUGAUGCCCUUCUCCCGUGUUUUUGUCUGCGUGUUUUCUUAUAUUACAUGUGUUGCAACAUUAAACAGGAAUGAGUAUAAUGGCUAGGACCCAAUCAAGCCACCCUUUGGACCCUUUAUCUGCAGCCGAAAUCUCUGUGGCAGUGGCAACUGUUAGGGAAACUGGAGCCACUCCUGAGCACAGAGACAGUAUGCGCUUUAUUGAAGUAGUUUUGUUGGAACCAGAUAAACAUGUUGUUGCACUGGCAGAUGCUUAUUUCUUUCCACCUUUCCAACCUUCAUUACUUCCUAUAGCUAAAGGAGGGGCAGUAAUUCCCGUUAAACUUCCCCCAAGACGUGCUAGACUCGUUGUUUACUAUAGGAAGACAAAUGAGACUAGUAUAUGGAUUGUUGAAUUAUCACAAGUACAUGCAGUAACUCGAGGAGGUCAUAACCGUGGGAAAGUCAUUUCAUCACACGUUGUUCCAGAUGUUCAGCCUCCAAUUGAUGCUAUGGAGUAUGCAGAAUGUGAAGCUGUUGUUAAAGAUUUUACUCCAUUUAGAGAGGCCAUGAAGAAAAGGGGCAUUGAAGACAUGAACCUCGUAAUGGUUGAUGCAUGGUGUGUUGGUUAUUACAGUGAAGCAGAUGGUCCGAAUCGUAGACUUUCUAAGCCACUUAUAUUUUGCCGAGCCUCAAGUGACUGCCCUAUGGAAAAUGGCUAUGCACGCCCAGUUGAGGGCAUCUAUGUGCUUGUUGAUAUGCAAAACAUGUCAGUCAUUGAAUUUGAAGACUAUAAACAUGUUCCUCUGCCUCCGGUUGAUCCCUUGAGGAACUAUACACAUGGUGAAACAAGUGGUGGAUCUGAUAGAAGUGAUAUAAAACCCUUGCAAAUUGUUCAGCUUGAAGGUCCAAGCUUUCGGGUUGAUGGGUCUUAUGUUGAAUGGCAAAAGUGGAACUUUCGUGUUGGAUUUACGCCCAGAGAAGGUUUGGUUAUAUAUUCGGUUGCGUAUGUUGAUGGUAGUCAAGGGAGAAGGUCUGUAGCUCAUAGGCUGAGUUUUGUGGAGAUGGUUGUACCAUAUGGAGAUCCUAAUGAGCCACACUAUAGGAAGAAUAGUUUUGAUGCUGGGGAAAAUGGCUUGGGGAAAAAUGCACAUUCUCUCAAGAAGGGAUGUGAUUGUUUGGGCUACAUUAAAUACUUUGAUGCUCAUUUCACAAAUUUCACUGGUGGAGUUGAGACAAUUGAAAAUUGCGUUUGUUUGCACGAAGAGGAUCAUGGAAUUCUGUGGAAGCAUCAAGACUGGAGAACUGGCUUAGCAGAAGUCCGAAGGUCUAGAAGACUUUCAGUUUCUUUUAUGUGCACUGUGGCUAACUAUGAGUAUGGAUUUUUUUGGUACUUUUAUCAGGAUGGAAAAAUUGAAGCUGAGGUUAAGCUAACUGGAAUUCUAAGCUUAGGAACCUUGUUACCCGGAGAGUUUCGUAAAUAUGGAACCAUGAUUGCCCCAGGUCUUUAUGCUCCAGUUCAUCAACACUUCUUUGUAGCUCGCAUGAAUAUGGCUGUGGAUUCUAAACAUGGUGAUGCUUUGAAUCAGGUCGUGGAGAUCAAUGUCAAAGUUGAGGAACCAGGGGAGCAUAAUGCUCACAACAAUGCAUUUUUUGCUCAAGAGACUCUGCUCAGAUCUGAAUUGGAAGCCAUGCGUGAUUGCAAUCCUUUGACUGCUCGACAUUGGAUUGUAAGGAACACAAGAAUAGGCAAUAGAACUGGACAGUUGACAGGCUAUAAGCUAGUACCUGGUUCAAAUUGUUUACCUUUAGCAGGUUCUGAUGCCAAAUUUUUAAGAAGAGCUGCUUUCUUGAGGCAUAAUCUUUGGGUAACACCCAAUUCACACGAUGAAAUGUUUCCCGGAGGAGAAUUUCCUAAUCAAAAUCCACGUGCCAACGAAGGAGUAGCUACAUGGGUUAAGCAAAACCGAUCUUUGGAAGAAACUGAUAUAGUUCUUUGGUAUGUAUUUGGAAUGACACACAUCCCUCGUUUAGAAGAGUGGCCAGUUAUGCCAGUAGAACGCAUUGGUUUCAUGCUCAUGCCUCAUGGAUUCUUCAACUGUUCACCUGCAGUGGAUGCCCCUCCUAGUCCAUGUGAGUUGGAUUCUAAAGAUAGUGACAUGAACGAUACCAAGAAAACUGAGGGUGGCUUAGUGGCAAAACUUUAGACACUUGUUUUAUACUCUUAUGGUCACGUGUUGUCACGUAAAAUUGUGGCUCAUAUUCUGUCAUCGACUCUGAAACAUCAAGUAGCUAGUGCAGUGCAUGCAGAUUAUCUUUUUCAA